AGUCAUAGACAAGUACAGAUGGAAACUGAAUUAAUUACCAAGUUCAAGGAGUUUGGUUUGGACGAUAAACGGGCAGCUGAUGUCACCAAGAACAAGAAAGUCAGCAAGUCUUUUGAAGAUAUCACUGCGGUAUCUCCAGAAUCACAUGUUGAUGAUGAGAAGAAGUUGAUCAAUUUACACGCAUUGGCAGCUGAGUUGAAGGGAAGUGAUAUUCCUAAGAUCAAUUUGGUUGUCAUCGCCAUCUUAGACGGUCGUUUGAAACUGCUGUUGCAAAUCAGUGAAGCAGCCAAGUACGUGAAGGAAAAGGGCGAAUCUGCCACCAAUGAAGAGUUGGAAGUGGCAUCAGGCGUGGGCAUUGAAUUGAGUGAUGACGAAGUCAAGUCCAUCAUAACAAAAAGUUUGGAUGCCAUAGAGGCAGAAAUCGUCGAAAAGAGGUACCUGAUUUUACCCAAAAUGUUGGGCGAUAUGAAAAAGGUUUCUGAGUUGAAAUGGGCCAAACCAAGCUUGUUCAAGCCUAUUAUUGAUGAAUACUUCUUAACUAAAAUUGGUCCUAAAGACGACAGAGACGUGGUGAAAAAGGAAAAGAAGAAGAAAGCUCCAACUGCAGGAGCUUCUUCUAACAAGGGUGUUGUGGAGAAAGAACGUUCGAUGUUUACUGAAGGAUUCUUAGGAGAUUUGCACAAACCCGGUGAAAACCCACAAAAGUAUCCCGAGUUGAUGAAGAAGCACUUGGAGUUCACUAAGGGCCAGGUUCUCACACGGUUCCCUCCAGAACCAAAUGGAUACUUACAUAUUGGCCAUUCCAAGGCUAUUAUGGUGAAUUUUGGAUACGCUGCGUACCACAGCGGUAAGUGUUACUUGAGAUUCGACGAUACCAACCCAGAAGCUGAAGAGGAAAUCUACUUCACCAAAAUUGAAGAAACUAUCAAGUGGUUGGGAUAUACUCCUUGGAAGAUUACAUACUCUUCAGACUAUUUUGAUGAAUUAUACGAUUUGGCUGAAGAAUUAAUCAAGGCUGAAAGAGCUUACGUGGACCACUCAACUCCAGAGGAAAUCAAAGCUCAAAGAGGGCUCAAAGAUGAUGGAACUUUGGGAGGUGAAAGGUUUGCUUCCAAGUACAGAAGUAGGACUGUCGACGAAAACUUAAAAGAGUUCAGAAAGAUGAGAGAUGGUGAAUACGGAGUGGGAGAAGCCUUCUUGAGAAUGAAACAAGACUUGGAAUCACCAAAUCCUCAAAUGUGGGAUUUGGUAGCUUAUCGUGUUUUAGACAAGCCUCAUCACCGUACGGGGUCCAAAUGGAAAAUCUAUCCAACCUAUGAUUUCACCCACUGUUUGGUUGAUUCUUUUGAAAACAUUAGCCAUUCUUUGUGCACGACUGAAUUCAGAUUGAGCCGAGUAAGUUAUGAAUGGUUAUGUGACGAGUUGAAGGUUUAUAGACCAGCCCAAAGAGAAUAUGGCCGUUUGAACUUGACAGGAACUGUGUUGAGUAAGAGAAAGAUUGCUAAGUUGGUUAAUGACCAUUACGUUAGAGGCUGGGAUGAUCCUAGAUUGUACACCUUAGAGGCCAUUAGAAGAAGAGGUAUUCCACCAGGAGCCAUUUUGUCGUUCAUCAACACCUUGGGUGUGACCACUUCGACCACAAAUAUUCAAAUUGUCAGAUUUGAAAGUGCUGUUAGGUCAUAUUUGGAUGCCACCACUCCUCGUUUGAUGAUGUUGUUGCACCCGAUAUUGGUAGAGUUGGACAAUGUUGGUGACGACUUCAGAGAAGAGGUAGAGAUCCCAUUCCAAAAGGGGUUGUCAUCUAGAAAGUUGACGUUCACAAAGCACUUCUAUAUUGAUGCCGAUGACUACAGAGAUGAAGCAUCCAAGGAGUAUUUCAGAUUGGCUCCCGGCCAACCAGUUGGUUUAAUGAAGGUCCCAUUCAACGUAAGUGUCAAUAAGGUUGUCAAGGAUGACAAUGGUAACAUUACCAAGAUCCACUGUAACUACGAUAAUGAAAAGAAGCUGAAACCCAAGACAUUUAUCCAAUGGUUACCUAAGGAUGAAGUGAUCAAGGUGGAUCAAAUCAGAAUCUACAACCAAUUGUUCCACAGUGAAAAUCCUUCAGCUCACCCUGAUGGAUUCUUGAAGGACAUCAAUCCCGACAGUGAGAUUAUUAUCAAAGAUGCUCUUGUUGAAAAAUCGUUCGAACUAGUAAAGGAGAAGUCUCCAUUGAACGUUCCUAACCCAUCGAGUGAGUUUAAUAUUAAGGAGGCAGCCGGUAACGAAACCGUCAGAUUCCAAGCCUUGAGAGUGGGAUAUUUUGGUGUCGACAAAGACAGCACCGACGACAAGUUGGUGUUGAACCGGAUUGUCACGUUGAAGGAAGACUCUGCCAAAGUAUAAUACGUAGAUAGAUGUGAGACAUGUCAUCGGGUUCCGGGCACGACCCCAUUUAUAAACACAUUUUUUUUGGGCCAAAUCAUGGCUGCGAAGCCUGCACAGACACCGAGCCUUCUCCCCAGAUAGAUUAUUAGCCCGUAUUUGCGUCGCCUAUCAUUACCCAACAAUAUAAAUCCAGGGAGCAUCGCCUACAAGUGCAGGAGCAAUCUUCUAUUGUUUAUAAAGGUUGUAGAGUUUUCAAGCGUGUAAGAGGGGUGGAAGCAACGUCAGGGUUCAAGUUACCCAGUGCAUUGGCUGGUGUCAUGCGUAAAAAGGGAGACGCGGAAAUAAGGUUAUCAUCUUUAAAAUACACACUCGAGAACCUGCCAGACUACCACUAGCAACACACACAAACUAAAACACAAACACGAACACAAACGUAGCGAUAACAUCCAUACAGUGCUUCAAUAUGUCACAAGCGACAUGUACAUCUCUGAUUCCAUUGCAGAUGGUGGUGAUGGUUGUUAAGGCGGAUGCGCCCAAUUUACCUAAAUUAGAAGUAAUUGCUAGAGGCACCGCGUCUUGAAAUUGGAAGGGUUUAAGUUUAUUGAGAAGAAAAUUCUGUUUCUGGGGAAGCAGAUGGGGAA